AUGUCGGCUUCGAAACUGUGGUCUUGCACCGAAACGGUGCUAAAUGGAGGUAUCAAACUGUUCCUGUACUCUUCGAAGAAUACAAAACUGCGUGUUGCCAUCGGAGAAGUUCCCGGACCAAUGGUCCAUGGAGCGGUGUCAUUUGUCACUGAAGCGGAUUCAGAUGACGGUCUUCCACAUACACUCGAGCAUCUUGUGUUCAUGGGAAGCAAGAAGUAUCCAUUCAAAGGAGUUCUUGAUGUGAUUGCUAACCGUUGUUUGGCAGAUGGAACCAAUGCGUGGACUGAUACAGACCAUACCGCCUAUACGUUGAGUACAGUAGGAUCUGAUGGUUUUUUGAAAGUUCUUCCAGUCUAUAUAAAUCACUUGUUGACCCCAAUGCUGACAGCUUCUCAAUUCGCCACUGAAGUCCAUCAUAUCACAGGAGAGGGAAACGACGCAGGAGUCGUCUAUUCUGAAAUGCAAGAUCACGAAUCUGAAAUGGAGUCAAUCAUGGAUCGGAAGACGAAAGAAGUCAUCUAUCCACAACACAACCCAUACGCCGUUGAUACUGGAGGCCGCCUGAAGAAUCUUCGCGAAUCGUGUAGUCUUCAAAAGGUUCAGGACUACCAUAAGAAGUUCUAUCAUCUUUCAAACAUGGUGGUUACUGUAUGUGGAAUUGUGAAUCAUGAGCAAUUGCUGGAUAUCAUGAAUGAGGUGGAGAAUGAGCAUAUUGUCACUAAUCCAGAUCAUUUCCCUAAACCAUUCAAUUUCACUUUACCCGAAAUCAAGGAAUCUACAGUUCAUAAAGUCGAAUGUCCAACUGAUGAUGCCUCGAGAGGAGCUGUAGAAGUCGCGUGGUUUGCUCAUCAUCCAUCGGAUCUGGACACCCAUUCUUCUCUUCAUGUUCUUUUCGAUUAUAUGUCCAACACUUCUGUAUCACCACUACAAAAAGACUUCAUCCUUUUGGAAGACCCCCUUGCCAGCUCAGUUUCCUUCCAUAUCGCCGAAGGAGUCAAAUGUGACAUGCGACUCAAUUUCACUGGAGUUCCUGUGGAAAAACUAGAGCAAGUGGUUCCAAAAUUCUUCGAUAAAACCAUCUGUGAACAUUUGGAAGAGGCCAAUUGGGAUAUGGAGAGAAUGGGAUACUUGAUUGAUCAGAGCAUUCUCAAUGAACUUGUAAAAUUGGAAACCAACGCUCCAAAGGAUAUCAUCUCUCAUAUGAUUGGACAUCAGCUGUUUGAUAAUGAAGACGUGGAGCUUCUGAAAAAGAGAACCAAUGAGGUUGACUUUUUGAAGAAGUUGAAGUCUGAGCCAGCUUCUUAUUGGGUGCAAUUGAUCAAGAAAUAUUUUACAACGCCUAGUGCAACGGUUAUUGGAGUGCCAGAUGAGGAGCUUGUUGAUAAGAUUGCCAAAGAAGAGGAGGAAAGAAUUGAAGCUCAAUGCAAGAAACUUGGUGAGAAGGGACUUGAGGAGCAUGGCAAACUUCUGGAACAAGCCAUCAAGGAGAACACGGCCAACCAUCCAAGUGCUGAACUUCUCGACCAGUUGAUUGUGAAGGAAUUGGAAGCAUUCGAUCGGUUCCCAGUGCAAUCAUUGACUUCUGAAUCACCAUCUCUCACUGCUCAACAAACCAACUUCCUCUCCCAAUUCCCAUUCCAUAUCAAUCUUCACAACUGUCCAACUAAGUUCGUGGAGAUCUUCUUCCUCAUGGACGCUUCUAAUCUUUCUGUUGAAGAUCGUACUCUUCUAUAUCUCUACACUGAUCUUCUAUUCGAGUCUCCGGCUAUGAUUGAUGGAAUCCUUACAUCCGCUGAUGACGUCGCCAAGCUCUUCACCAAGGAUCUAAUCGACCAUUCGAUUCAAGUUGGAGUCUCCGGACUUUACGAUCGUUUUGUUAAUCUUCGAAUCAAAGUUGGAGCUGACAAGUAUCCAUUGCUCGCGAAAUGGGCUCAAAUUUUCACCCAAGGAAUCGUUUUCGAUGCGUCAAGGAUUCAAAUGUGUGCACAGAAAUUGGCUGGAGAGGCUAGAGAUCGCAAGAGGGAUGGGUGUACUGUUGCUUCAACGGCAGUGGCUUCAUUGGUUUAUGAGAAAAACACCAACUGCCUUCUUUUCGACGAACUUGUUCUUGAGAAACUCCACGAGAAGAUUUCAAAAGAAGCUGUCAAGAAUCCAGAUGCGGUUAUUGAGAAACUCGAGCGAGUCCGUAGUGCGAUCUUCUCGAACGGAGUCAACGCUCACGUCAUUGCCGAUGUUGAUGGAAUCGAUCCUAAGCUUAUGAGUCAAGAUCAAUGGACUUGGGUUCAAUCGGAUCCUCGAUUCGGACCAGGAACCCGUUUCACAGCAGAAGCAGGAGAAAACGUUUCCCUUCAACUCGGAAAAGAGCUUCUUGUUGGCGUUGGUGGUUCUGAAUCAUCAUUCAUUUAUCAAACCACCUUCAUUGAUGCCAAUUGGAAUUCUGAUGUUCUGAUUCCAACAAUGAUAUUUGGUCAAUACUUGUCUCAAUGCGAGGGUCCGUUAUGGCGUGCAAUCCGUGGAGAUGGUCUUGCCUAUGGAGCUAAUGUGUUUGUGAAGCCAGAUCGCAAACAAAUCACUCUCAGUCUCUACAGAUGUGCUCAACCAGCAGUAGCUUACGAGAGAACCAGAGAUAUUAUUCGCAAAAUCGUCGAAAGCGGUGAAAUCUCCGAGGCUGAAUUCGAAGGAGCCAAGAGAUCCACAGUUUUCGAGAUGAUGAAGAGAGAGGGAACUGUUAGUAGUGCUGCGAAAAUCAGUAUUCUAACAACUUCCGUCAGACUCCUCAUCCAUAUAAUAUGUCAUGAGCUCUGCCGCCGCAUCUGGAAUUUGACAUCCGAUGAAAUGGUCAAAAUCGGAGGACCCCCAAUGGCUCGUCUCUUCGAUGACAACUGCUUCGUUCGUUCCAUCGCCGUUCAUCCUUCGAAAAUCAACGAGAUGAAGAAGGCGUUCCCGAAGUGCACCAAGAUUAAGGUAUCGGAUUUACAGUUCUCUUGCUAG